AUGGCUGGAUCUCCAAGGGCUUUAGCCAUUGUCACUCAAUCGCUCAUCAAGAUGGACCGGCUUUAUGAAUUAGCUGAAGGUUUCAGGAGGUCCCUAAAAUCCCACCACGAAGAAGAGUUCGAAAGCACGACUGAUGGAGACAUGCGAAAAGAAAUCCGAGAUAUUCAAUUGCUGCGAGAUAAAACAAACAACAUGAUGGAUAUGAAUCGACUGCGGAUGUUUCUUGACGGCAUGGAAGAACUCGAGAAAGUCCUCUUGCAGCUCAAGUUUCCUGGCACGAGAGGUGUGAUGUCAAUGGUUUGGGGCUCAGUAAAGUUCUUACUCAGGACUACCAACACUUCUGAAAGGGCUUUUGACGGAGUGCUCGAUGUUUACGGACUCCUUGGAGCCCAACUCCUGGCCUUGACUCAAUUCGAAGAGUUAUUCCAAAAGUUCCCGCCCGCCAUAGAGUGCAUAGUCAAUAUCUACGAUGACAUACAGCGGUUUCAUUUCACAUCAUACAAACUCUUCUCACUUACAGCAAAGCUAUGGCAACGGCUUCAGAGAUCGGUUUGGGAUGACGCAAGUGGCCUAUUCUCAAAACUAUCAGCCUCUUUAGGCAGACACGCAAAGUUUAUCAAAGACCACUAUUCUAUCCAAGGUGAGCCUCCAAGUCAUAACAGUUCAACAGAAUCGUCUAAUUCCAAAGACUCCGAUACCCUACAUGCGCCUUUCCAGCAGUACUCGUAUGGCAACAAGUCAGCCUGGAAGAACUUCGAGAUCGACGAAAUAGCCCGGCGCCGAGAAAGAAAGUACGAAGUGACCGAAUGGAUCACCUCUUCUCGGAAGAUGCAACGAUUGCAGAACGAAUUUCGCGAGAUGGCGAUCUGCCCCAAGAGUGGCCGUUGGCUUUUCCGAAACUACAGCGAUAUUUCAGAAUGGAUGGGAGAGGAAGACCCUCCUCACUCAGCCAUAUGGCUGCAUGCGAACGUCGGAUAUGGCAAAACGGUACUUGCAUCACUAAUAGUUGAUGAACUAAAGUCAUCGAAACUCCAUAAUACCAUGCCCUCAUUUCCAGACGACAGUAAAACAUGCUACUUUUACUGCCAAGAAAACGACAUUGAACACAGAAACCAUCUUGAUAUUCUGAAGGGCAUACUCCUGCAGAUGGUAGAGGCCGAGGACUAUAUAAUCCCAUAUUGCUACCAGGAAAAGGUCUCCAGUGGAGGCUCCAUCCUAAUUGAUGCAAAGCUAGCUCAAAAGCUCAUCAAGACAUUCAUUGAGUUCUCUGUAAGGCACUACAUCGUGAUAGAUGGAGUAGAUGAAUGUCAUGGAGCCGAGAUUGACCAAACUGCCAAGUUCUUCAAGGAUCUGGUGUCGGCAUACGAUACGCAAAUUAGAUUGGGGCAUUUGAGAGUCCUUUUCAUCGGCCGAGAAACAUCUGAUACUAAGAAGUAUGUCCCUGGAGAUGAUUGCAUCAGUAUAGCGCUCAGGCCCGAGGACAACCACGACGACAUUAGGGCUUUUGUGCAGAAGAAACUUCCAGAAUUCUCGAAGUCAAGUCACAGUAUUGGUUUCAGUCUUUCUGAAGCUGAUAAAUUAGACGUUGAACGCAUAAUAUGCCGUCAAAGCCAAGGCUCGUUUCUCUACGCACAUCUGGCCAUUGAAUUUCUUUUACAGCAAGAUACCAAAGGUGGCUUGUUGACCCUACUCAGAAAAGGGAUACUACCCCCGAAGCUUGGAGAUAUGUAUGAAAAAUUGCUGGAUUCUGUCAAGAGCAAUCUCACGGCCCAGUCAGGAGGUUCUGCGAGGUGGGAGAGAUCAAAGCUGCUCUUUGGGUGGCUCAUAUGUGCCAAGCGACCACUUAGAUGGAACGAGAUACAAGCAAUUUUAUGCUUCGACCCUCAUAAACUCCAUAUCGAUUUUGAGAAUGACAUGUUGCGACAAGAUAUGGAGACGUAUCUCGGCUCCAUCGUUCAUGUACUUGACGGAGGUUAUAUUCGACUGGUUCAUUCAACCGCAUGCAGAUAUAUCAUAGAGAACAGGCAUAUCAGUGAGAAGCAAGUUCAGUGCCAGCUGACCACUAUGUGUCUCAGAUACUUGACCCUUCCUUGCUUUAUCCAGGACAUCAACUACAGAGAGCACCAAAGAAGCGAGCAUGCGAAAUUGGGCUGGUUCUCUUUCCAGGAUUACGCGUGCGCCCAUUGGCUUCAUCAUACCGACACCUUGAUCAGAGAGUGCAGUGAGGUCUUUACCUCUGAGACCUUUCGAAAUGUUGCAGCAGAAUUCACAUUUGCUUUGAAGCAUUUUGUCAAUACCCAUCGUGCAGACUUAACUACCAUCAAGCACGUUGAAUUAGUCGCGGACCACAUAGAGAAGUUCGUCGACUUGGAACUCUAUGAAGACCUUUACUUUCUCUGGAACCACAUAUAUACUCACCAGCGAGGGGAUUACUCAACACGAAACACAGUUGGCAUUAAGCAGAUCGAGAAUGGGCUCAAGGACAAUAGAACGCAGCUGGAAGUUCUCUUUGUCCACCGAGAAGUCGGUGACGAGGAUACCGUGGAGGACUACUAUGGCUCAAAGCCCUACAAGUGUGAUCGCACACUCUGUCGUUUCUUCCAUGCGGGCUACAACAACACGCUAGACCGAGAUAAUCACGGAAAGCGACACGAGAGACCUUUCCAAUGCCCUGUAUCCUGCAACGCUGCUCCUCUCGGUUUUGUAAGCAACAAGGACAGGGAACGGCAUGUCAAUAUUUACCAUGCGGAACUUAGCGAAGGCCCUGCCAUCUUUGAGACCUUGAGCCGUCGACAGGUCUCCGGAAGAUUCGUUUGCCAGAUUUGUAACAAGACAUUCACGAGAAACAUCAAUCUCAAGAGCCACGAGCGAAGUCAUUUUGGGGACAGGCCUUACUCUUGCACGACCUGUAGGAAAGCCUUUGCUAGGAUUAAUGACUGUCGAAGGCAUGAGAAGAUACACGCGAAGAGGGGAUAUUGA